ACCAAAACCUGUUUGCCUGGAACCAAGAGAGACGAGAGGAGAGACAGCAAAAAAUAUCUCAGUUGUUCUGUUGCAAGCGAACGAAAGAUCAAGAUUUAACACACACUUUGACGCUUAGAUUGAUCUUGAAUCCAUAAACCCAAAGCCUGCUGUAUGUCAGACGCGAUAUCCUGAUUAUACGUAAAGUGAGAUUUGAAAGAACGCGGCCACAGAAGCCAAAUUGUAUGAGUGAAGUGCUAACUGUUAACGUUAGCUGACAGGCUACAUAGCAUAGCCAUUGAUGCAAUGGCGUUGAAAAGAAUUCAGAAGGAGCUGUCAGACCUGCAGAGGGACCCGCCUGCUCAGUGCUCCGCCGGACCAGUCGGAGAAGAUUUGUUUCAUUGGCAGGCGACAAUAAUGGGUCCGAGUGACAGCCCUUAUCAGAGCGGAGUGUUUUUCCUCACCAUCCACUUCCCGACAGAUUACCCCUUCAAACCUCCCAAAGUUGCAUUCACAACAAAAAUUUACCACCCUAAUAUCAACAGCAAUGGAAGUAUUUGUCUGGAUAUACUGAGAUCACAAUGGUCACCUGCACUUACAGUAUCAAAAGUAUUAUUGUCUAUCUGCUCCCUUCUCUGUGACCCGAACCCGGACGACCCGCUGGUUCCAGAGAUCGCCCACACAUACAAGGCUGACAGGGAAAGGUACAACAAAUCAGCAAGAGAAUGGACACACAAGUAUGCGAUGUGAGAGAGAGAGAGCCAGGGAGAUGAAAAUUACAAAUGAGAACAAAAAAGAAACGCGUUUGAUUUGUAACUUAAAAAGGCAAAUGAGCAACAGAGGAAGAAGACAACAGCAACAAAAAC